AUGGAGCAAUAUGUGGGCCAACAGAAGCCUCUGCUGUUUCUAGCUGUAUACGAAGUGGACGACGAAAGGGACGACGAAAGGGACGACGAAAGGGACGACGAAAGGGACGACGAAAGGGACGACGAAAGGGACGACGAAAGGGACGACGAAAGGGACGACGAAAGGGACGACGAAAGGGACGACGAAAGGGACGACGAAAGGGACGACGAAAGGGACGACGAAAGGGACGACGAAAGGGACGACGAAAGGGACGACGAAAGGGACGACGAAAGGGACGACGAAAGGGACGACGAAAGGGACGACGAAAGGGACGACGAAAGGGACGACGAAAGGGACGACGAAAGGGACGACGAAAGGGACGACGAAAGGGACGACGAAAGGGACGACGAAAGGGACGACGAAAGGGACGACGAAAGGGACGACGAAAGGGACGACGAAAGGGACGACGAAAGGGACGACGAAAGGGACGACGAAAGGGACGACGAAAGGGACGACGAAAGGGACGACGAAAGGGACGACGAAAGGGACGACGAAAGGGACGACGAAAGGGACGACGAAAGGGACGACGAAAGGGACGACGAAAGGGACGACGAAAGGGACGACGAAAGGGACGACGAAAGGGACGACGAAAGGGACGACGAAAGGGACGACGAAAGGGACGACGAAAGGGACGACGAAAGGGACGACGAAAGGGACGACGAAAGGGACGACGAAAGGGACGACGAAAGGGACGACGAAAGGGACGACGAAAGGGACGACGAAAGGGACGACGAAAGGGACGACGAAAGGGACGACGAAAGGGACGACGAAAGGGACGACGAAAGGGACGACGAAAGGGACGACGAAAGGGACGACGAAAGGGACGACGAAAGGGACGACGAAAGGGACGACGAAAGGGACGACGAAAGGGACGACGAAAGGGACGACGAAAGGGACGACGAAAGGGACGACGAAAGGGACGACGAAAGGGACGACGAAAGGGACGACGAAAGGGACGACGAAAGGGACGACGAAAGGGACGACGAAAGGGACGACGAAAGGGACGACGAAAGGGACGACGAAAGGGACGACGAAAGGGACGACGAAAGGGACGACGAAAGGGACGACGAAAGGGACGACGAAAGGGACGACGAAAGGGACGACGAAAGGGACGACGAAAGGGACGACGAAAGGGACGACGAAAGGGACGACGAAAGGGACGACGAAAGGGACGACGAAAGGGACGACGAAAGGGACGACGAAAGGGACGACGAAAGGGACGACGAAAGGGACGACGAAAGGGACGACGAAAGGGACGACGAAAGGGACGACGAAAGGGACGACGAAAGGGACGACGAAAGGGACGACGAAAGGGACGACGAAAGGGACGACGAAAGGGACGACGAAAGGGACGACGAAAGGGACGACGAAAGGGACGACGAAAGGGACGACGAAAGGGACGACGAAAGGGACGACGAAAGGGACGACGAAAGGGACGACGAAAGGGACGACGAAAGGGACGACGAAAGGGACGACGAAAGGGACGACGAAAGGGACGACGAAAGGGACGACGAAAGGGACGACGAAAGGGACGACGAAAGGGACGACGAAAGGGACGACGAAAGGGACGACGAAAGGGACGACGAAAGGGACGACGAAAGGGACGACGAAAGGGACGACGAAAGGGACGACGAAAGGGACGACGAAAGGGACGACGAAAGGGACGACGAAAGGGACGACGAAAGGGACGACGAAAGGGACGACGAAAGGGACGACGAAAGGGACGACGAAAGGGACGACGAAAGGGACGACGAAAGGGACGACGAAAGGGACGACGAAAGGGACGACGAAAGGGACGACGAAAGGGACGACGAAAGGGACGACGAAAGGGACGACGAAAGGGACGACGAAAGGGACGACGAAAGGGACGACGAAAGGGACGACGAAAGGGACGACGAAAGGGACGACGAAAGGGACGACGAAAGGGACGACGAAAGAGAUGACGAAAGAGAUGACGACGGAGACGACGACGGAGACGACGACAGAGACAAGAAUGACAAUGGCAACAAACGUGUUGAGAAAGCCGGGACUUACAUCUGCCCCAAGAGCGAAUGCUCGAGACGGAAGGCGGACAAACAAUUCAAGGACUUUUCUCGGCACUAUCUUACUCGUAAUUACCCCAUUUCUCCUUCGGUGCAGGACAUUGUUGACGAUGACAGAUGUUUCAUGCAAUGUCUCUUGCCUUGGUUGAAAAAGAACCAAUACCAGGCGAUGGAUCAUAUAAUCAGAGAAGCAACGGAGAGGGCAUCUCGCGAGACUCAGGCCAUUUUGAGACGUCGUGACAUGGAUCAAUCAAAACCACGAAAGAAGGCAAGACUAAGGAGAGGCACUCCGAAUUCCGGAGGCCCAGCAGAUGUGGGAACGAUGACGAACAACAAUCAUACAUACCCGGGAGAUAAUCAGCCCAACGCACAGAAUGACGCCACAGUCAAUGACGAACUUACGAACCCAUAUAGCAAGGCUACACCACAAAGCCCAGCUAUAGAAAGCAUGCAGUAUCCCUAUAGCAUGGGCCAACCUUUUGCAAACACCCGGUGUCACAUGGGACAGAAUGCCUCGGGCUCAAGUUUCCUCAUACAAGCUUCUGCCUUAACCCCUGGCUUUGAUAUCGAUAAUUUCGGUGCCCCAGCGUCAGGAGAGCCAGCUUCUGCCUUGCCCUCUAGCUUCAAUUUCUACAAUAUGGAUGGCUCCAGCAUUUCUACCAAUGCUGUCGACCGGGGUGCCCCAGCGUUAGGAGAGCCAGUUUCUGUCUUGCCCUCUAGCUUCAAUUUCUACAAUAUGGAUGGCUCCAGCAUUUCUACCAAUACUGUCGAUGGUUCAUUUGCCGAUCAGUAUCAGAACCCCCCAGCCGUAGGAAGCUCCAGCCUUUCUACCAAUACUGAUUUGCAUGCUAUCACAAAGGAAUGUCUUUGA